AAAAGCGAAGACUUGAAGAGGAAGGAAGAUAAGAAGAGAGAGAAAAAAACCGUGGUACUUCAAACUUGAUUUUACCGCCUUCUGUCAAGAACUGUCUUCCGGUGUUGACUUGUUUUUUUUUUUUUUUUUUGGUUGCGAGAAACGCAAGAGAAAACCCUCCAAAGCACAAAAGUUGAACGUGAGAAAUGUGAAGCUACCGGUUUGUGUUUUCCACCAGGCUCCAGGACCCCCUAAUUUAAUCCAUGCAGUACAGUGCAAUGGAUGAAUUUCAUCCCUUCAUCGAGGCGCUUCUCCCACACGUCCGUGCCAUUGCCUACACGUGGUUCAACUUGCAGGCCAGAAAGCGCAAGUACUUCAAGAAGCACGAGAAGCGGAUGUCCAAGGACGAGGAGCGUGCGGUGAAGGACGAGCUGCUCAGCGAGAAGCCCGAGGUGAAGCAGAAGUGGGCAUCCAGGCUGCUGGCCAAACUCCGUAAGGACAUUCGCCAGGAGUACAGGGAGGACUUUGUGCUCAGCGUGACGGGCAAGAAGCACCCAUGCUGCGUGCUGUCCAACCCGGACCAGAAGGGCAAGAUCCGGCGGAUCGACUGUUUGCGGCAGGCCGACAAAGUUUGGCGCCUGGACCUGGUGAUGGUCAUCCUCUUCAAAGGCAUCCCUUUGGAAAGUACGGAUGGCGAGCGCCUCGUCAAGUCUCCGCAUUGCACCAACCCAGCACUUUGUGUUCAACCGCAUCACAUAACCGUGUCAGUCAAGGAGCUGGACUUGUUUCUUGCAUACUAUGUCCAGGACCAAGACUCGCAACAGUCAGGAAGCCCCAGUAACAAUGAGCCGGGCAAGAACCCUCCUCCAGUUUACUUGGAGGACAGCUUCAUCAAAUCGGGAGUCUUCAGUGUUGCCGAGCUGGUGCGUGUGUCCAGAAUGCCCAUCACCCAGGGAGCAGGGGUCAACUUCUCCAUGGCCGACAUGCCCAGCCAGCCCUACUACCACGACCUGAACUCCAGCGUGGGCCUACAUCGCUCCCUCUCCUCCCCUCCCGGCAGCAAAAGGCCCAAGACUAUCAACAUGGAGGAAAACAUGGACACCAGUCCCACUGGACCUGACUUCUACUCCUCACCCAGCUCACCCGCCAGUAGUCGCGCAAACUGGCACGACAGAGACGGAGACAUGUCCUCUCCAACCAUGAAAAAGCCAGAGAAGCCUCUGUUCAGUCCCACCUCCCCGCAGGACUCUUCACCGCGACUCAGCACUUUCCCCCAGCACCACCACCCGGGCCUAACAGGUGUAGGACACAGUGUUAUAUCAACGAGGAGCCCACCGCCGCACUCACCCCUGCAGUUCUCAGCCUCGGCCAUCCUGCCCCCCGCCCCGUCACCUUAUUUGUCCCACACCACCAUCCGCUACCCCCCUCACCUCAACCCUGCUGAUCCUCUCAAGAGUUACGUGCCGUCGUAUGACCCGUCCAGCCCUCAGAGCAGCCAGCCCAACAGCAGUGGCCAAGUAGUAGGCAAGGUUCCAGGCCACUUCACCCCGGUCCUGGCACCCUCCCCACACCACGGCGCAGUGCGACCCGUCUCCCUCUCUAUGCCCGACACCAAGCCCAUCACUACAUCCACAGAAGGCUACUCGGCCCCCGGCACCCCGACGGCGAACCGCUUUGUGGGCCUGAGCCCCAGAGAUCCUGCCUUCCUCCACCAGCAGCAGCUGAGGAAGUGUGACUGGAGCGUGACUCAAAACGGCAAGCAUUAUGGCCCCAGUGCCACUGAGGACACUUUGGGGAUUGCUUGGCAAAGUCCUGGUACCUGGGCGAGCUUAGUUCCAUUCCAAGUGUCGAACGGGACUCCGAUUCUGCCAACAAAUGUCCACCAGAACUACAGCAUAAACAUCAUUGGUGAGCCCCUCGUCCACGCAGAGACAGGAAACUGA